AAUAGUGAAAGCAAGAGUGGCCAUUCCUGAAAAUAUGAUUUUGUGUUUUCAUAAUAAUGGACAAUAAGGAAAUUUUACAAAGAAAUUUUAUCAAUUUCUAUUAUCCUUAAGAGGAAUGAUAAACUUCCUUUUAUUAAGGGGAGAUAACCUAUUCCAAAGCUCCUUUCAUUUAUGAUUUUAAUACACGCAUCUGUGAUUAUGGAUUAAGGGGGAAAAUUGAAAUGAUAUGGGGUUGAAUGUCCACAUUGGAAAAUACAGAAACUUUCUCGACCAACACUGGGAUCGAACCCCAAAUCUUCAGAAUAGUUACUGAGGGAUUCACUCACUGAGCCACAACAGCCCCAAAGAGGGGGGAAAUUAUCGGAAAUGAAUACCCCUCCGCUUUCAGGGCUUGUUGAUGAAAGUCAACCCCCAAUAAAGAAACCCAAAAUGGAUGGUACCGGGGAUACCAAUCAAGUUGUUAUAGCAUCACCAGUUGUAACUACAAUGUCUAACAUUGUAUCAUUAUCGAAUCCAACUUUCCAAUCAGGAAAAUCAAUUAGUUUGACUAUUACUAAUGGUGUUAUCAAUAGAAUUAAUACGACAGAUCAAAAGAUAUCGCCACCUGUCAAGAACGUCGCUCCUUUAGCUUACAUUAAAGGUGGCAUGGGAAAUGCAUCACUGCGAAUGGUAACAACAUCUCAAGCUUCAUCUGUUCAACAAGCUCAGCUAAAAAUACCUAAUGCACCGAUAAAACUUCAAGGAGCCACAACUACCAGUAACCCAAUCAGAGCAAGUAAUAUUAUGACAUUGCCAGGUCAUCAAAUACCUAUUCAAGCUUUUGCUAACUCUCAACUUGUAACACUCCCAUUGUCUGCGACUAUGCAAAUACCAAAUGCAGGGAAGCACAAUUUAGCAUCACAGAGUAAAUAUAUUGUGCGAGGUAAAAAUCCUGUGGGAACCACCAAUGUUUCUGGUGCAACUAGCAUGAUGGUACCACUACAUCAACCAAUUUAUGCUCCCCGUCAACCAGCCAUGUUAGUCCAAAAUAAACAACAAGGUAUAUUGAUGCAGCCAGCUCAUACUCUCCAUGUUCUUUCACCUGCUUCGCUAACUCAAAACAUGGUAGGUACCCUUCAGAGACCUCAAGUACAGUUAGUUACCUCUCAAGGUCAUGUUCGACCUACUGCAUUCCAGACCACAGCUCCCAUACUUCCUAAUCAUAAAUCACCAGCACCCAAUCAAUUACAGCAGAUCAUCCCAGUUAAUAAAAAUCUAUCACAAUCUGCAUCCCUCACUAUGACAACUGUCAGUCUUACGUCUGCCAACCAGACUGCAGCCACACAGGUUUUUGUAACAGCAAUUCCACAGACUACAUUAACCACCCAGUCCAUGAUGCAUCAAGUCAAACCAGUGGACAAUGAAGUUCCUGUAACGGAACAAAUUUCGUCAUCCAAUGGUCAGCCAGACGAUACAAAUCUAGUUGAAGAUAUCAUGGCAGAUGUAACUACAACCAAGGUAGAUAUUUUAGCAGAUGCACCAGCCGAUCCACUUCCAAUCGACAUACCUACAUGUGCAGUAGACACAGUUCCAGUAUCAACAGUUGAUCUUAAAUGUGAAGAGACAGAAUUAACAGCUGAUACUUUAACAGAUACACUUAUGCCAGAUCUGGACCAGAAUUCUAACCAAGGUGGUGGUGAUUUUGAUCCAGCUACAGCAAUGAAUUGGGAAAAUGGUAUUGGAACAUUACCAGGAAGUGACUUCAAGUUUCGAUUGAAUGAAUUUGGAUGCAUGGAGAUGAUAACGGAUGACCUACAAAUUUCAGAGGAAACCAAAAUGGAUGAGAAUGACAGUGAAAUGCUUAGCCCAACAGUAUCAAGUUUUAUGGAGAAUGUAGAAGAAAAUAAACCUGUAAUCUCUCCAGUUGACAAAGGUUUAAAUUCUGGAGAUAAUAUAGAUGGAGAUACUGUAUGUCAGUGUGAGAAUUGUGGUACCCGUGGAAUAGCCAGUGACUUCUGUAAAUCAGGAAGAUUUUGUUCAUUGACGUGUGUGGGUGCCUUCGCUGGAAAAAAAAAUAAUACCCACAGAUUAAAACCUACUUCUAGAGUACUAUUGGAUAUUAAAGCUAAGAAAAAGAGAAAGAAGUUACUAGAUGACAUGUCUGUUAAUUCUUCACCAGAAACACCAACAGAAGAAGACAUUAAACCUAAAUUACCUAUAAUUGAACCAGUGAAAGCUAAGAAAUCCAAGGGAUUUAAUUGGGCUGACUAUUUCGCAACAAACAAGUGUUUUCCUGCUCUACAAAAAAUAUUUAAAGAGCCAUUUCCUCAAAUAUUAAAAAAUGGUUUUAAAGUUGGUAUGAAGCUAGAAGGUAUAGAUCCGAAGCACAUGUGCAUGUAUUGUGUUUUAACUGUAGCAGAAGUUCAAGGCUUCAGAGUUCGACUCCAUUUUGAUGGUUAUUCUGAAUGUUAUGAUUUUUGGACAAAUGCUGAUUCUCCAUUUCUAUUUCCCAUUGGCUGGUGUGAAAAGAAUGGCAAGACAUUGCAACCUCCUAAAGGUUAUCCUCCUACAGAAUCCUUCAACUGGCCAAAUUAUUUACGUAUGACAAAAAGUACAGCUGCACCAAAAGGUUUAUUUGUUAGUCAACCUGCUACGUCUGUGACACCCACUGCAUUUCGUGUUGGUAUGAAACUGGAAGCAGUUGACAAGAGGAAUAUAUCAUUGAUUUGUGUAGCCACUGUUGCAGAUACUUUAGGAGAUAAAGUCCUUAUUCAUUUUGAUGGUUGGGAAGAUAACUAUGACUAUUGGUGCGAUAUAGUCUCUCCUUAUAUACAUCCUGUAGGAUGGUGCGAGGAAAAUGGACGCAUUCUUUCUCCUCCUUUUGAUUGGAAAGAUGUAGAGAACUUUACGUGGGAUAAAUAUCUAGCCCAUACAAAGUCUUCAGCUGUACCAGCUAGAGCAUUUAAACCUCGACUUCCAUAUGCAUUUGAACCUGAUAUGAUGAUAGAAGCUGUUGAUAUCAGAAAUCCUAUUUUAAUCAGAGUUGCUAGGAUUGUGGCUGUAGAAGCAAAUCAGAUCAAAAUCCAUUUUGAAGGCUGGUCAGAUGAAUAUGAUUUCUGGGAAGAUGAUGAUAGCAUGGACAUUCAUCCCCCUGGUUGGUGUACUAGAACGUCGCACUGGCUACAACCUCCAUUAAAUCCAGUUGAUUUAGUAGAAGCAUCACCAAAUCAGUCAGGGUGUCCUACACCAGGAUGUAAAGGUAUUGGUCAUAUCAAGGGAGCUAAAUAUACAGGUCAUCAUAGUUUGUUUGGUUGCCCUUAUUCAUCAAUGAAUUUAAAUAAAGACACACCAUUAUUAGAUCGUCUAGGAUCAACCCGAUCAGAAGAAGGUUCUCUUACACCCUCAGUAAAUAGAAACAAAUUUGACUUGGGCUCCAACUCACCAGAAGGUAAAUGCCCAACACCAGAUUGUGAUGGCACUGGUCAUGUCACAGGAAAAUUUACAUCUCACCACCGUCUGUCUGGUUGUCCUUUCAGUGAUAAAAAUUUGGAAAAAAUUAGCCAAGAGAAAAAGCCAUACACUGGUGCUAAAAGAGGACGAAAAAGAUUAAAGCCAUUGAAUAUUGAUGAGAGAAGAUUUAAACCCCGAUUUAAGGAAGAAAAAUCUCCUGAUGGUAAUGCAUCACUAUAUAAUGGUAUUCAUCAAUCUGUGUUUCAAACAUGUAAUAUGCCAAAUCCGUCUAGAGAUUUACCAUUAUGUUGGGAACAACACUCAAAACUAUUACCCGGUGUAGAUCAGCUACAGAGUAAUGACAUAUCAAAAUGGACACUGACAGAUGUGGCUAAUUUUAUACAAACAUUACCCGGCUGUGAAAAUCAUGGUUCAAAAUUUGUUGAAGAGCAAAUAGAUGGCGAAGCUUUCCUAUUGUUAAACCAGACAGAUAUUGUCAAAAUACUUAAUAUUAAAUUAGGACCAGCACUGAAGAUAUUCAACAGUAUUCUUAUGUUUAAAAACAUUGAAACCUGAAUGAGACUAGUGGUUAUUUACCCUGGCACUAGAAUAAAACCAUACUUAGUGCAGUUUGCUUCUUGACAUAAUGCUACUUGUCUUACCUAAAAUGUGUGGCUUGAUAUUUUAUAAUAUAAGUAAAACACUGCCUCAUUGUUAGGUUAUCAUUGACUUUGAUUGAUGAUUUUAUUUUGAGGGAUGUUAUGUUUAACAGUGGUAAAGCAAAAUUAGGGAAAAGUUGUGUGGGUAACUGUGGUGUUUAUUUUUUUAUGACACACAUUUACAUCAUGCAGCAUGCAUUGUGAUUGCACUUGUCAGCAGAUUAUGCCAGAUAUAUAUAUAUCCUGUUUCACUAGGAAUUGUUUUAUUCUAGCACCAGGUUUUUUUUAUCUAUUGUACAUAAUACUAUUUCUACAGGAAUACAACUGCACUGCUUUAUCUGUGAUAUCAGAGCAAUCAUCAGGUUAUUUUGUAUGGACCAACCACAAAAUAUGGUUGCUAAUUAAUAGAGUACCUUGUAUAACCAUAUUUGUUUUUUGGAGAGUCUCUUUGUAAAUGGUCUCUUGUUACAGGAUUAACCUGUAUUAAGUAAUAUAUUUGUAGUGGGGUGGGAGAAUGUGAUAUAGUUUAUUUGCAUGCAUGCAGUUAAGCUUUAGAUGUGAAUUAUUGUGGCUCAAGUUAAUCUAUGAAAUGACUUUUUAUGCUUGAACAGUAAUUGUUUUGUGAAUGGCUAAUGAAGAUUUUAUGUCCUUUAUAAAUCAGCAUGAAUUUGAUUCAAAUUGUCCUUGUUAUUGUCAAAAUGUUAUAGUGUGUUACUGUUGAGCUUGGUGAAAACUGAAAACUAUUGUUAAACUUUUUGUAUUGUGUAUAUAAGUAAUUUACAUUAACAUAUAAUAUAUUUGUUAUGACUUCAAAGAAGUUAUUUUAUGCAAACGAUUUUGUUACAUCUAAUUCUAAAUGAAAGAUGGUUGUUAGAAUUGUAAAAAUUGUAUUGUUUUAGUAUGUGUACACUGUACAUUAUUUUUACAUUAAGCAUGUAUAAAAAUGAAAAUCUUAAUGUGGUAUGGAAGGUAUGGCUUGUUGUAGAUGAAGUUUUACAAGGUACCAUUCAUUUAUCAUCUACAAGGUAACAUUAUUUCAGCUAAGGUCAUAAUUUAUUGAAAUACUAAAAAUCCAAUGUGAUUUAAAAACAUGGUCCAGGAACCAAGCAUGAUGUCAUUGCCGCCAUCUUGGAAUUGUGAUGUCAUAUCAAAAAUGUAAUUGAUGUGCAAUUGUAUAUAGUCUCGAUCAUUCAGACAAAUAUUAUUCUGGAUGGGUUGUCAAUAUUUGAGAAACUCUAGGUCAUUGACUAGAUUAUCUGGUCUUUUAUGUUAUGUACAAAACUACUUUUUUUUAGCCCAAGAUGGUAAUAAGGGAGGUAAAUAGCCCUAAAACAAGAUGUUGAUUUCCAUGAAAUUAAUCUAUUUGUUUUGCCUGUGAACAUCCAAUUCUCCUAAGUAUUUUAUAGGCCCACAUGGAAAUGUGGUCGUAUAUUGCCAUGGCCCCUGUCCGUCCGUACAUAAGUUCGUCCGUCGUCCACAAUUUCUUGUGAACACUCUACUGACUACAUUUAUCAUGUGAUUAUUUUGAAAUUGAUAUGUUUACAUUAGUGAGAUGGAGAAACCUAUUUAAUUUCAAUAAUUUCCAUUAAUUUCUUCAGGAGUUAUGGGCCUUGUUUCACUUUGUUGCACCUUGCGAACACUUUAACGACAAAAGUUUUCAUCUGAUCUGUAUGAAAUUUAUAUGCAUCAUGUAAAUUAGUGAAACGAAGAACCCUAUUGAAUUUCUAAUAAUUACUUCUCAAGUUAUGGGCCUUGUUUACUUUGUUGAACAGAGUGAAUGAUUGAAGGACAUGUCAUCAUCUGAUCUGUAUGAAAUUUAUAUGCAUUAUUUAAAUGCCCGUCAUAACCUACAAAGUUUAAAUAUAUGACAACCCUUGUUAUCUGCACGGACGAUUUAGCUGCUGUGGGUACACGUUUCGUUGCCUGGCAACCUAUCUUUUAUUCUUAAAUUUAUCUCUUAAAGGAUCAUAUCUAUGCUAUUGAUAUUCUCUAUUUGUCGUCAGGAUUCACGAUUGUUUAUAGUAAUGCAUGAAUUAUGGGAUUAUUUUGGGAAGGUGUGCAGCUUUCUUGACUUUAGCUAAAAUGUUCCAGCGCCCAUGCAUAACUAAGAGUUUGUUUUUUUAUUGGUUGAUCAUCCAGUAAAAUUUUGUCAAAUGUGGACAACUGCCCCAUGUUGACAAAUAGCAGGUUCUGCGUGUCCAAAACUAAAUUGUGCAUGGAACAAGAAGAAGAAUAAAAACAAGGUGAUUAACGCUUGGGGCCCAGUUCCUGGUCCAAUAAAUGAAAAAUACAUACAUAGGAGCUUGUCAAGAGUUCAAGAUUUUCUUGGCGAUGUUGAACACGUUUGAAAUAUGCUUCAAGUUACCACUGCUUUAUUCAAAUAACUUAUCAAAUAAUUAGUUAUUCUUUGCAGUCUCACAUUUUACAGAUUAUAUUUAUCUAUAAUAACAGCCAAAACUCGUGGAACUUAAAUGUAAUAUUGGUUUAGGAAUAUUCAUAAUAUGUGUAAAUAAAGAUCUCAUUUUAUAGGCCUACAGAUUGCAUUUGAUGAACUAUUUGUUCAGUGGGGUUAUUUCUAACAUUGUUGAUAAUGUCAUUUGUAUUUGAAUCAAAAAUAUUUCAUCUUGAUCAUGUAAAUGUAAUUUAUUUGAUUCCUUUUCAAUUUGUUUUACUACCGGUACCUUUGUUGUUGGUUAUAAUUACUUCCCAAGAAAUACAGGAAGUGAACUUUGGUGCCAUAUUUAAUUUAUAUAAGAGAGAAUGUUAAGAUGUCCUAUGGUAUUGGUUUUAUUUCUUUACUGUUUAUUUGAACAUUGUUUCAUUCAAAUUAGUACUGUAUAACUAUUAAUGGAAUCUAUACCAACCUGCAAAACCUGGUAAUUCUAAGAUUCCAAAUGUAUACUGCAUAAAUGUUUUAAUGUUCUAUUAAGAAUGAAUGUUCUUUGUAAUGAAGAAUUAACUUCUGUUCGAUAAUAAAAGCAUUUAUACAUA